AUGCGUCCAUCACUGUUGCCUUGUGUGUUGAUGGCUGGCUCCUGCCUGGCCCAGGGUGAUCUUGUCGCGCUUCUCGCCUCCCAGGACGACCUCAGCACGUUGCUUGAGCUUGUCAAGCUCGUGGACGGCCUUGCCAACACCCUCUCCUCGGCUUCCAACAUCACUAUAGUGGCACCAACAAACCAGGCGUUUGCCAUUGUGCCAUGGGACAUUCCUGGAGGUCAGGCUGUCGAGCUUCGCAACGAUACCAUCGCCAUCGGAGCUCUCCUUGCGAACCACGUCUUCAAAGGAGUCUACCCAGCAGGCCUCAUCACAGAGACUCCGGCUUUUUCCCAGACCUUGCUCGACGAUUCGUACAUCAAUGCUCAGCAGCCCUUCUCCAACUUUACUGGCGGUGCUUACAAUGGACUCUUGAGGAACGGAGAUGACGUGUGCAUCCUGUCUGGCGAGCAGACCAUCUCUACCGUCACCGAGGCGCAGAACAUAAUGCUGGGUGAAGGUAUCACGAUCCACAAAGUCGACACGGUCCUUUCAUUCCGGGCGCCGCUCUAG